UUUAUUAUUGUCAGGAAUGGCAUGUAACAACGGUGAGGAAUAACAUUCAGCAAGUUAUGUCCUUAAAGGGUCAAAGUAAUGACAUAAAAAUUACCCUGUUAAAAGAAAUAGAACAAAUUCAGUAUGGAACUUUAGUAAAAAAAUUUGCUCACAAAGAAACUGUAGAAGAACUAAAGAAUUUAGUAAUAAUCUUAAAUGAUCUUGGUUAUUUAACCACCAAGCUAGGGGAGUUAAGCGGCAAUAUUAAAUACUAUACAGAUGCAUCAGUAUUUCAUCAGUAUGUUAUUGCCAUUUUAGAUGAAAAAGAUGGAGCAUCAGGAAAAAUAUUAAGUUUAGAAGAAAAAAAUAAAAUUUCAAAACAAGAAUUAUCCGGUUCAUUUCAACAAUUAGCUCAUAUACAACAAUUAAUAUUCUCUGCAAUUAGAACUAAUCAGUCACAAAUCGUUCCAAAUGUUAAAGAUGAAUCAACUAAUAAUAAAACUAUAUUAUCAAAAAUACGCAAAGAGACCGAGGAAAGAUUAAAAAAAGUAGAAGAUGAUCGUCAGCAAGCAAUUAAUAACCAAGAAGAAAAACAACAAUAUCAGGAAUCAUAUGUAAAGGAAGUAAGAAAGUUAUUUGAAUCAAUAGCCAGUAACAUGCAAGAGUUUUUAGCAAAAACAUAUAGUGAUAGUGAGCAAGAAAUUGGUACCCCACCUUGUAAAUAUGCCGUAAUAGGUUUAGGGUCGAUGGCUCUUAAACAAAUGACACCAUAUUCAGAUUUAGAAUUUGCUAUCCUUACAGAGAAUAAAGAGUACAAACAAAGUAACGAUCCUAAAAUAAAAGAAUAUUUUAAGAAUUUAAGCCAUUUGGUCAACUUUAAGAUAAUCAAUUUAGGAGAAAGCAUAAUCCCAACCAGUAAGUAUGGUCUUGAUAUGAGUCAUCUAGUGCAUAGAGCAGUAAAUUUAGAUAUUGGAGGAAAAACUCCACUUGGUAGGAUAGAUGGUGAUAAGCCUUAUGAAUUAAUAAAAACAGUAAAACGGAUGAUGUAUUAUGUACGUAAUAAGGAAGAGAAAGCAAGUCAUAUAGAUAAAAGCUUACCAUAUAUCUUGGAAAAUGUUUGUUAUGUGCAUGGGGAUAAAGAAAUAGUAGAAAGUUACCAAAAUAAAGAUACAGAAUUUUUACUAAGUGAAAAUGUAUAUAAUCUGUUUAGUAGAAAAAAUUGUGAGAUAAGAGCAAUUAAAUUACUAGAAGAAGUAUCAGUGGAAAUCGAUUAUAUUCAACAAACAUUAGGUUUAAAACCUAAAGAAACUAAAUAUAAAGGAGAUCUGGAAAAAUUACAACCUGCUUUAUAUAGUACUGCAGGCAGACUAUUUAAUGUCAAGCAGGAAAUUUACAGAUUGCCUGAUCGCCUAUUGUACAAUCUUGGUCUAUAUUAUGGUGUUAAAGGAAACGGUCUCUGGGAUACAGUGGAUAUAUUAACAAGUCAUGGAAUUAUUACUCCGCAAGCAGCAAAAAAUCUAAAAAAUGCUUUAACUUUUGCAACUACGCUUAGAUUAAAGACCUAUUCUCAUCAUAAAGCACAGAAGGAGGAUAUGUCAGUAUUUGCUAAACCAGCUGAAACUGAACUUAAAGAACAAAUCAUACAGAUAUUUCGUUUAUCUGAAAAAGACUUAGGAGAACAAGGAGAGUUAAUCCAGUAUUUUUAUACAGCUUUACCUUUCCAUAAGAAGCUACAAAAAUUUUGUGAAAAAUAUCAAACAUUAAACAAGCAGACGUUUUUUCGGAACAGCAAUUUUUAUAAAGACCAUUUUGCUAAUAAAGGUUUCAUCUAUUACAGACUAGCCCAGUAUGCAAUGGCUCAAAGCAAUUUAGAAAAAGCGCUCGAGAACUCAAAUAAUCAAGGUAACUGGCAAGUAAGAAAUACUUUAGGACAAAUAUAUACUAGUUUUGGUAAUGGAGACAAAGCUAUAAAGCAAUUCGAGUGUUGUUUAGAGAUGAAAAAACUCAUCCAUAAAGACCAACCUCAUGCGGAUGUUGCUGCUUCUUUAAAUAAUAUAGGGACUGCUUAUAGUGCUAAAGGACAACAUAAGCAGGCAAUCAAAUACUAUCAAGAAAGCUUGAAGAUGGAAAAACUCAUCCAUAAGGACCAACCUUAUCCGGAUGUGGCUACCUCUUUAAACAAUCUAGGAACUAGGAACCCUGCUUAUUGUGCUAGAGGAAAAUAUGAACAGGCAAUUAAAAAUUACCAAGAAAGCUUGGAGAUAAAAAAACUCAUCUAUAAAGACCAACCUCAUUUGGAUGUGGCUGAUUCUUUAAAUAAUCUAGGAUCUGCUUGUAUUGCUAAAGGAAAAUAUGAACAGGCUAUUAAAUACUUUAAAGAAAGCUUGGAGAUAAACAAACUCAUUCAUAAAGACCAACAACAUUUGGAUGUGGCUACUUCUUUAAAUAACCUAGGGACUGCUUAUAGUGAUAAAGGACAAUAUGAUCAGGCCAUUAAAUACUCUCAAGAAAGCUUUGAAAUGAAAAAACUCAUCUAUGAAAAUCAACCUCAUCCGGCUGUGGCUGCUUCUUUAAAUAAUCUAGGUAAUGUUUAUCGUGCUAAAGGAAAUUAUGAUCAGGCAAUUAAACAUUUUCAAGAAAGUUUGGAGAUGAACAAAAUCAUACAUAAAAACCAACCUCAUUCAAAUGUUGCUGGUUCAUUAAAUAAUAUAGGAGCUGCUUAUAGUGAUAAAAAACAAUAUGAACAGGCAAUUAAAUAUUAUCAAGAAAGUUUGGAGAUGAGCAAAUUAAUCCAUAAAAACCAACCUCAUCCAGAUGUGGCUGCUUCCUUAAAUAGUCUGGGAAACAGGUAUAGUGAUAAGAGACAAUAUAAUCAGGCAAUUAAAUGUUAUCAAGAAAGCUUGGAGAUAUACAAUCUUAUUCAUAAAGACCAACCUCAUCCGGCAAUGGCUGCUUCUUUAAAUAAUCUAGGGACAGCUUUGAGCGAUAACCAACAAUAUGACCAGGCAAUUAAAUAUUAUCAAAAAAGCUUGGAGAUGAACAAACUCAUCCAUAAUUACCAACCUCAUCCGAAUGUGGCUACUUCUUUAAUGAAUCUAGGUAAUGCUUAUCGUAAUAAAGUUCAAUAUGAUCAUGCAAUUAAAUACUCUCAAGAAAGCUUAGAGAUGAGAAAACUGAUCUACAAAGACCAGCUUCAUUCUGCUGUGGCCGAAUCUUUAAAUAAUCUAGGGAAUGUAUAUAGUGAUUUAGGACAGCAUGAUCAGGCAUUCAAAUGUUAUCAAGAAAGCUUGGAGAUCAACAAACUCAUUCAUAAAGACCAACCUCAUCCGAAUGUGGCUGCUUCUUUAAGUAAUCUAGGUACUGCUUAUCGUGAUAUAGGACAAUAUAAUAAUGCAAUUAAAUACUCAUAUAAAAGCUUAGAGAUGAGAAAUCUGAUCUACGAAGAUCAACCUCAUCCAGAUAUGGCUGCUUCUUUAACUAAUGUAGCUGCUGCUUAUAGUGCCAAAGGACAAUAUGAUAAGGCAGUUAAGUAUUGUCAAGAAAGCUGGGAGAUGAACAAACUCAUCCAUAAAGAUGAACCUCACCCGAAUGUGGCUACUUCUUUAAUGAAUCUAGGGACUGUUUAUCGUAAAAAAGGACAAUAUGGGCAGGCAAUUAAAUACUAUCAAGAAAGCUUGGAGAUGAGAAAAAUGAUCUACCAAAACCAACCUCAUCCCGAUGUGGCUGCUUCUUUAAUUAAUCUAGGAACUGCUUAUAGUGAUAGAGAACAAUAUGAUCACGCAAUUGAAUACUAUCAAGAAAGCUUGGAGAUGAACAAAAUCAUCUAUAAAGAUCAUCCUCAUGCAGCUGUUGCUGAUUCAUUAAAUAAUAUAGGAGCUGCUUAUAGUGCUAAAGGACAAUAUGAUCAGGCAAUUAAAUACUUUCAAGAAAGCUUCGAGUUAAAAAAACUCAUUUAUAAAGAUCAAACUCAUCCAGCUAUGGCUGCUUCUUUAAAUAAUCUAGGGACUGCUUAUAGUGAUAAAGGACAAUAUGAUCAGGCAAUUAAAUAUUAUCAAGAAAGCUUGGAGAUGAAUAAACUUAUUCAUAUAUAUCAACCUCAUGCGCCUGUGGCUGAUUCUUUAAAUAAUCUUGGGACUGCUUAUUAUGAUAAAGGGCAAUAUGAUCAGGCAAUUAAAUAUUAUCAAGAAAGCUUGGAGAUAAAAAAACUCAUAUAUAAAGAUCAACCUCAUCCGGCUGUGGCUGCUUCUUUAAAUAAUUUAGGGACUGCUUAUAAUGAUAAAGGACAAAAUGAUCAGGCAAUAAAAUAUUAUCAAGAAAGCUUGGAAAUGAGCAAACUGAUCCAUAAAUACCAACCUCAUUCGGCUUUGGCAGACUCUUUAAAUAAUCUAGGAGCUGCAUAUAGUGCUAAAGAGCAAUAUAAUCAGGCAAUUGAGUACUUUCAAGAAAGCUUGGAGAUGAAUAUACUUAUCUAUAAAGAUCAACCUCAUCCGACUGUGGCUGUUUGUUUAAAUAAUCUAGGGACAGCAUAUAGUGAUAAAGGACAGUAUGAUCAGGCAAUCAAACAUUAUCAAGAAAGCUUGGAGAUAAACAAACUUAUCCAUAAAUACCAUCCUCACGAGACUGUUGCUGAUUCUUUAUAUAGUCUAGGAAAUGCUUACAGUGAUAUAGGACAAUUUAAUGAAGCAAAUAAGUACUCUCAAGAAAGCUUAGAGAUGAGAAAAGUGAUCUACCAAGACAAUCCUCAUCCAGCUGUUGCUGAUUCUUUAAAAAAUCUAGCUUAUGCUUAUAAUGAUAAGGAACCAUAUGAUCAGGCAAUUAAAUUUUACCAAGAAAGCUUGGAGAUGAGAAAGCUGAUUUACCAAGACCAACCUCAUCCAACUGUGGUUGAUUCUUUAAAUAGUUUAGGAAAUGCUUAUAGUGAUAAAGGAAAAUAUGAUCAGACAAUUAAGUAUUAUGAAGAAAGCUUGGAGAUGCAGAAACUGAUCUACCAUGACCAACCUUAUCUGGGUAUGGCUGCUUUUUUAUUUAUCCUAGAAACUGCUUAUAGUGAAAAUGGACAAUAUGAUCAGGCAUUUAAGUAUAUCAACCAAGCAUUGCAAACAGCGUCAGUUUUCCAAGACCUUUUUUAUUCAAAUAUUAUAGAAAAUGGUUUAGUGCAAAUAACUAUUGCAUUUGCUGAUAAAUAUUUUUUAAACGAAGAGGAGACUGUAAAAAGAACUCAAUUUUUUUCCAAACAAGGAUUAGAUUUUACAGACUCUAAUAUACAUUUUGAUUUGGCAUUAUCGCUAGAAAGUAGUAAUGAAGAGCAACAAAUAAUAACUCGCCAUGAUCUUUUGUCCUGA